AUGGCUGAGGGGGAAGAGUCCAUUGACAAUAAUUUCUCCUCCUCCACUAGUCCAACACUUCCCAGGAAGAUGCCUGCUGGUGGAAUACCAAGUCAUCACCAGAGUCCUCAGAGAGCCUCAUCUCCUCCCAUUGUUAUAGCUGAAGUUCCAAAAUCCCCUUUGGAUGAGGCCUCUGGCAACCAAAUGGAUCUGGAAGAACCCAUGGUAUUGCGUCGUACACUAAGUUCAAAGACAACUGAUUUGAUGCAGUUCCUGCUCCUCAAGUACAGAAUGAAGGAGCUGACCAACAAGGCAGAGAUUGUAGAAAAGAUUAUCAAAGAUUAUGAGCAAUAUUACAGUAGGAUCUUAAAUGAAGCCUCUGAUGGUUUGAAGCUGGUCUUUGGCAUUAAUGUGAUAGAAGUGGACCCUGUUGUUCAUACCUAUGCCCUCGCCAUUGCCCUGGGGAUCACCUAUGAUGGGAUGCUGACUGAUGUCCAGGGAAUGCCCAAGACAGGCCUCCUAAUAAUUGUCCUAGGUGUCAUCUGCAUGCAUGACCACCAUGCCCAUGAGGAUGAGAUCUGGCAAUCACUAAAUACGAUGGGAGUAAUUUCCAUGGAAAAUCACUAUGUAGCUGGGAAUGCCAAGAAGCUUUUCACUGAAACGUUUGUACAGGAAGGGUAUCUGAAAUACAAUCUGGUGCCUGACAGUGAUCCCCCUCACUAUGAGUUCCUAUGGGGUCCAAGGGCCCAUGCUGAAACCAGAAGUACAGAUGUCAUAGAGUUUUUGGUUCAGAUCAGCAGGAUUAACUAA